UCCCGCCGCUCAAAACAGUUCCGCCCGAGGUUCGUUGAUAGUAGUUGUACUAGCGGUCCGAUCCGGUGACCAGACUCGGGCGAGGGUACACUCUCGCACCCUCAGAGAGAGUGAGAGAGCGAGUGAGAUUGAGAGCAAGGGCGAGGGGGAGAGAGAAACAGAGAGAGCAUCAAUGCAAGCCCACCCCGUGCUCCACCUUCGCCUUCGUGCCCUUCGUGUCUUCUGACGGCGCGUGAACUGUUGAGCGCAGCGUGGCCGCCGGCUCGUGGUUCGACCCCCCGCGGAGCCCCCGCCCCGCCAUGGAGGCCGUCAAGGUGCCGCUCGGGGGAGUCGGCGCGCCGGAGAUCCGGGUGUACCGCAAGCGCUGGGUGAUCCUGGCGCUGUUCCUGCUGGAGCUGCUGUUCAACGCCGUGCCCUGGAUGCAGUACACCGUGCUCGCCGACGUGGCCACCGUGUACUACGGCGUGAGCAACACCGAGGUGGAGUGGACGGCGCUAGUGUACAACCUCACGGCCAUGGUGCUCGUCAUCCCGGCCGCCUUCGUCCUGGACAAAUACGGACUCCGGCCCAGCAUGCUCGUCGGCGCGGUGCUCAACGCGGCCGGGCUCUGGCUGCGCGUCGUCGGGGUGUGGCCCGACUGCUUCUGGGCCGUGCUCGCGGGCCACGCCCUCGUGUCCGUGGCCACCAACUUCUUCGUGUCCGCACCGCCGAGGCUCGCCGCCGUCUGGUUCCCCGCCGACGAGGUGUCCUCGGCCGUGGGCGCCUCCAUCAUCGGCCAGAUGGGUGGCGUCUCCCUCGGGUGCCUGCUGGCGCCGCUCACGGCCCGCCAGACGUGGACGCCGGAUGAAAACUUCAGGGGUUUCCUCGUCCUCAACCUCACGCUCGCCAUCCUCGCCACCGUCCUCCUCGUGGCCGUGUUCUUCCUGUUCGACCAGGCCCCGGCGCACCCCCCGUCGCCCGCGCAGGCCGCCGCCCAGGCCGCCGGCAAGGACGCGCCCGAGGAGAAGGGCAGCUACUUCAAGUCCCUGCUGAGGAUCUGCAAGAACGGCGGCUUCCUGCUGCUGCUGCUCUCCUUCAACAUCAUCAUCAGCGUGUACGUGGCCAUCACCACGGUGCUCAACAGGGACAUCACCCAGUUCUUCCCGGACCGGGCCGCUGAGACUGGCUACCUUGCAACCCUUCUGUGCGUCACGGGAAUCGUCGCCACCUUCGGCUUCGGCAUCGCCCUGGACAAGACGAAAAAGUUCAAGGAAUUGUCGGGCAUCUGUUAUUUUGGCGGGCUGGCCUCCAUUGCACUGUUCUCGGGCACUAUCUCAACGUGCUCCAUGGAGGUGGUGUACCUGGUUGCCGCUAUCGUCGGCGUGUUCAUGACCAGCUACUUCGUGCCGGCCUUCGAGUGGGGGGUGGAGCUCACCUACCCGGAGCCCGAGGGCAACCCGACCUCCCUGCUCAACUGGCUCAUGCAGUUCACCUCGCUCGUGACCACGCUGACGUACAGCCACAUGUUCUCGGUGUGGGGCCCGCACGUCGCCCACGGCUUCCUGGUGGCGCUCAUGGCGAUCGGCUUCGUGGCCCAGCUGUGCAUCCCCAAGCGGUACCUGCGGCGGGAGGCCGAGCUGGCCCUGGCCAAGGCCGCGGAGGCGGCGGGGCCCGCGGGGCAGCCGCUCCUGUGAACACACCCGGCGCUUCUGGGGACCGGCCGGGGACCUGAGCCGCUGUGGGGGAACAAAAUCUCCUGGUUGAGUGCGAGUCACCGCACUCGGUUAACUGUUGUACAAAUGUCACUACGAAUAACUGAUAGUCAUCUUGUUAAGUUUAAUUGUUAUUUCUAAGCUGUCCUUUACUGUUUUGAACUGUCUCCGUUACGUUGGAUAAUAAAACAUACAGAAGGCUUUCUUCA